AUGGAUGUGGUGUUUGAGGUGUGCAACAACAAGUACACCAUCGAGAUCGGCUUCUUUGACACGGUGCAGGAGAUGAAGGAGAGGGUGGAGAGAAAGCACGGUUUCCCCAUCGCCCGCCAGACUCUCGUCUACAAUGGCAAGGUGCUAAAAGACGAGCACUACGCGGAACACUACGAGUUCUACGAGGGCUGCCUCAUCCGUGUGCUCCUGGAGCCCGAGAGGCGGAAAGUGCAGGUCGUGGUGAAGAGGCCCACCCGGCAAUACCCUCUGGAAGUCGAUGUCUCCGACACCGUGGGCCUCUUGAAGGAGAAGAUUCAGGAGUACGAGGGCGUCCAGCCCGGCCGGCUGUUGGCGUCGCACUCAGGCGUCGAAAUGGAGGAUAACCGGUGCCUCGGCGAGUAUGGCGUGUCGGACCAGUCCGAGAUCAGCGUGGUGUUGAAGCCCAAUACACCCACCAAGAUGAUGAGGGUGUUCGUCGAGACGUCAAAGGGAGGACUGAAGAUUCCGGUGGACGUGAAUUCGUCGAGCACGGUUCACGACCUGAAGAUGAAGCUGGAAGAGAAGGGCAUCGCGCCCAACGAGCAUUUCUUUGUUUACAACCACGACGUCAUGUACGACAACCGAACGCUGCGUUGGCAUAGGGUUCAGGAUGGAGACACUCUCUCCGUUUUCAAGGGCAGUGUUAGUGGUGGAAUGUAG